GGAGGAAGAUCAGGAGGAGGAGGAAGAAGAGGAAAAAAGAAAAAGAAGAAAUAGCACGGGGGGGGGGACCCUUCAUUUUCUUGCCUGGGGUUUUCACCCCCCUAAAAAUACCGCGUUGGAGAAUUGGCAGAAGUCUCCUCGGUUUGGGGGGAAAGGACUCCUCAGCCUAGACCACUUUCUUAUCCGGACUGGGACACUCCAUACUCGACGCACCCCGGAGUUUAUUGGAGCGCAGCCUGAUGGCGCAACGGUACGAUGAGCUGCCCCACUACGGCGGAAUGGACGGAGUAGGGGUUCCCGCGUCCAUGUACGGAGACCCCCACGCGCCGCGGCCGAUCCCUCCGGUUCACCACCUGAACCACGGGCCGCCGCUCCACGCCACGCAGCACUACGGCGCGCACGCCCCGCACCCCAAUGUCAUGCCGGCCAGCAUGGGGUCCGCUGUCAACGACGCCCUGAAGCGCGACAAGGACGCGAUCUACGGGCACCCGUUGUUUCCUCUGUUAGCUCUGGUCUUUGAGAAGUGCGAGCUGGCGACCUGCACGCCCCGGGAGCCCGGCGUGGCCGGCGGGGACGUCUGCUCCUCCGACUCCUUCAACGAGGACAUCGCCGUCUUCGCCAAGCAGGUCCGCGCCGAAAAGCCUCUCUUCUCCUCAAAUCCAGAGCUGGAUAAUCUGAUGAUACAAGCAAUACAAGUGCUAAGGUUUCAUCUUCUGGAGUUAGAAAAGGUGCAUGAACUGUGUGAUAACUUCUGCCACCGGUACAUUAGCUGUUUGAAGGGGAAAAUGCCCAUCGACCUGGUCAUUGAUGAAAGAGAUGGCAGCUCCAAGUCAGACCAUGAAGAACUUUCAGGCUCCUCCACAAAUCUCGCCGACCAUAACCCUUCAUCCUGGCGAGACCACGAUGACGCCACGUCAACCCACUCGGCAGGCACCCCGGGACCCUCCAGCGGGGGCCACGCGUCCCAGAGCGGGGACAACAGCAGCGAGCAAGGGGACGGCUUAGACAACAGCGUAGCCUCGCCGGGCACGGGCGACGACGACGACCCCGACAAGGACAAAAAGCGCCAAAAGAAGAGAGGCAUAUUCCCCAAAGUCGCCACCAACAUCAUGAGAGCGUGGCUCUUCCAGCACCUCACACAUCCGUACCCUUCUGAAGAGCAGAAGAAACAAUUAGCGCAAGACACAGGACUUACAAUUCUCCAAGUAAACAACUGGUUUAUUAACGCCAGGAGGAGAAUAGUGCAGCCCAUGAUCGACCAGUCGAAUCGAGCAGGUUUUCUUCUUGAUCCUUCAGUGAGCCAAGGCGCGGCGUACAGCCCCGAGGGGCAGCCCAUGGGCAGCUUCGUGCUGGACGGCCAGCAGCACAUGGGGAUCCGGCCUGCAGGUCCGCCCCGCCUGCCCGGGGACCACGCUUCUCAGGGGGGCCCUGUGGGAAUGAGUUCCGCCCCGCCCCAGAUGAGCCCGCACCCCACCCAGCUACGACACGGACCCCCAAUGCACUCGAACUUGCCGAGCCACCUCCCCCCCACGCCGCCGUGACGACCCACGGAGGAGCCCCG